AUGCCGGCAACGAAAGAGGGCCGAAUCACCAAGGUCAAGAAGGCACGUCGGUCACUGGAAACCCCCACCGGACGCGUCUCGGCUGCCGCCAAAAGCUUACCGCUGGUUGAGCGUACCAACGCACUCACCAUCGAAGAAUUCACUUCACGCUACGUGUCGCCGCUCGCCACAGCGACCCAGCAAGAUGGCGAAACUGCAGCACCUGAGAAGAAGACAUCUCCCGCAGCUGAAACACAGCUAGACGUGUAUUCCGCAGCAACAAUCUCCCGCGAUGAUCUGGACGCAUGUCUGGAUCUAGUGGAAUUCACCUCUGGCGCGGACUACGCUGCCUCAGGCGCAGGCUGGUCCCGUCCCAAGAAGCGCAAAGAAAUGAAACUCCCCGACAUGAAGUAUCUUAUUCUGCGGGGUGACGCGGGACUCACAUCGGAUGCGUCGCAACGCGAUGACCCUGCCGAAUCCGACAAGCCGAGCUCGCUAUCGGGACUCGGGGAGAACCCGAAUGUACUCGGGUUCUUGUCGUUUAUGGUCACUUACGAGGAUGGGAAAGAGGUGGUUUAUUGCUACGAGAUUCAUUUGUCGCCGAGGGCUCGGGGCCGGGGCCUUGGCGUGUUGUUGAUGACCCGGAUGGAGGAGAUUGGUCGGCUGGUCGGGUUGGAGAAGGCGAUGUUGACGGUUUUCAAGUGCAAUACGAUGGCUAGGAGGUUUUAUGAAAAGGGUGGUUAUGAGGUGGAUGAGUAUUCGCCGCAACCGCGGAGGUUGAGGAAUGGGACGAUCAAGGAGUUUGAUUAUUUGAUUUUGUCCAAGCGUUUGAAGGAUUGA